AUGCCCCACCUCACAGUGUGCAACCGGCAGCUCAGCUGGACUCUGACCCUGGUGCUGGGGUACCUCUUUUACCUCCUCCUGGGGGCCAUGGUGUUUCAGCUGCUGGAAAAGCAGGCAGAAGCCAAGACUCGGGACCAAUUCCAAAUGGAGAAGCUCAAGUUCCUGCAAAACUAUACAUGCUUGGAUCGGCAAGCCCUGGAACAGUUUGUGCAGGUCAUUAUGGAAGCCUGGGAGAAAGGUGUCAACCCUGAAGGAAAUUCAACCAACCCCAGCAACUGGGACUUUAGCAACAGCUUCUUCUUUGCUGGAACUGUUGUCACCACAAUAGGUUAUGGGAACCUGGCCCCCAGCACAGUGGCCGGGCAGGUGUUCUGUGUAUUCUAUGCCUUGUUUGGAGUCCCCCUUAAUCUGGCAUUUCUCAAUCAGCUGGGGAAAGGGCUCACUGUUCACUUGAUCAACCUGGAGACGUGGGUCCACAAGCCAGGCCGAGCCCGGAUGGUUCAAACUCUGACAAUGGGAUUCUUCCUGAUGGUCGGUACUUUGCUUUUUCUGGUUUUCCCCCCUAUGAUCUUCAGUUACGUGGAAGGCUGGAGUUACGGAGAAGGUUUCUACUUCACCUUCAUCACCCUCAGCACCAUUGGAUUUGGAGACUAUGUAGUAGGCACAGAUCCUAACAAGCAUUAUAUAUCAGUAUAUAGAAGCCUGGCAGCAAUCUGGAUUGUUUUUGGUUUAGUCUGGCUCGCUCUGAUCUUCAAUCUGGGAGCUGAUUUGAUGGAGAAAUUCCUACGGCUUAACUGGCAAAAGCCUGACCCAGGCACUGCAGAGACAACUGCUACCAAAUUAGAGGAUAGCCCUGAUCAGCCCAGGAUCCAUAUCCCUAGCUGA